AUGUUCCGCAACAAAAUCCUAGUUCGAGCCUCCCCUCCUCCUUCCUCCUCUUUCUCUCUCCUCCCCCUCUCUCUCCCCAUCGCCGGCGAUCGAUCUCCUCCAUUAUCGAACUCCAUCGAUCUCCAAACUCUUUGCUGCAGGCUCUCGAGGACUUGGCGCCUCGCCUGCUUCCUUCACGCCGGUGACAUCUUCGUAGUCUAUCAGAGAUCUCAGUGCGAAUCUGCUGCUCGUGUCGUAGAUGAGCUUGUAAGAUCGAUUCCUGGCAUCGAAGUAGGGUUGGAAGAGGAGGUGAGGUCCUCCUCGCUAAUUGCAAAAGCAGUUGAGUGGUGGCUGAGAUCCAUUAUGUUUGAUAACAGCUGGAGUUGUGUUGGCGAGAAUUGCUUUAUCCAGUCUAGCUUUGCUUGCAGCGAGGAGAGAAGGCACCUAUGUUCCAUCAAUGUGACAGUACAAGCAGAAACAGAUGAUGGACUUCUCUUCCUUGUUUCCCCUGACGUACUUUGGUUUAAAAGACAUAAGCUUUCAGAUUUAGCUAGCUCCCAAGUGUUGGGGAAGUUUGAAAAUGGUGAGGCAGUCGUUUUGGAGGAAUAUGGUUUUUCAACAAGCUGCAAAGUUCUUCCUUCUCUUUAUGAGGGACAUGUUAUAGGAUUAAGCAAGCUACUUCCUGCUGGGGAGACAGUUAACAGAUUUGAAGAGUUUUCUUUAUUCAAGCAUGGCCUAGACUUGCCAAGCAACUACUUCUUCAACAUCCAGAUAAGGAAUGGAAGCCAUAUUAACAGGCAAUGGUACCCAUCUGCCUUUGCUCUUCAAGUUUCAGGGUUGGCUCCAGCACCUCAAACAGUUAGAACAUCAAAAGCUCUGCAGGCAUUGGAAUUUUUUGUAAACUUGAUCGGAGAUUGGGAUUUCUUUGGUCAAGGUCUGCUGAAAGUUAAGGAAGUGUCAUCACUUGUUACAAGCACACUCUUACCUGCAUGGAAAACAGCUACUAGUAAUCUAAAGGAUGCUACAAUGGGAGAACGCAUUUCUUAUACAGGUGAAGUUACCAGACAGCAGGAUACUAAUUUGGAUCUUCUUCAGUUGUCUCUAGACUUCCACACCCCAAAACCAGCUUUUGGGUGUGUCUUUCGUGAGAAGCAUGCAGAUGUGCAUCAGUAUGAUUGUUUAUUAAGCGAUACCAGAGUUAAGUGCCCCCCUGAUGCCAAUGUCAUAAAGGUUGCAUCUUUUGCAGAAAGCAUUAGUUCAGAACCAAAAUGUGUAAACAAGAGCAAUGGAACUGAAACCUCAGCAGUUAACUUCCUGAGUCAAAUAACAGCUGCAAAAUCAGAAUAUCAGAAAGAAAGCAAUGUAUCCAAGAAGAAGGAUGUCUCUGCUGAAAUUCUUACGAUUAAGAUAACACACGAGUCCUCAAGUACGAGCGAGAGCAGUGUACACGAGAAAACUGAAGUUGAAAAGAAGCUUACCUCUGCUGAAGACUGCAUGAGUGGAGUAACAGCAGAGGAAUCAGACCUUGUUAGUGAGACCAGUGCAAAUGAAAAGAAACAUAACUCUUCUGGAGACGUCAUAAGGGAAGUAAGUCGGAAUGGUGUUUCAGUGCAAAAGGUUGAAGUCAGCGUGCAAUCUAAUUCUCGAAUCUCACAGAAGAAGAAAAAGAUUAAAACUUUUCUUGAUAAUCAGUGUUCCCAAGAUUAUAAUAACGUGCCACAUGUAGAAGUUCUGGUGAAGAAGACCUUCAACAAUGAGAAGAAGAUAUGUUUACUAUCUCUACAUCAAACUUACAGUUUACUACAUCAUAUUUGGUUUAUGAAACUGAUACUGACAAUUAAGGAAUUAGGAUAUCUCACCAUGCUAUUCCUGUUUUUAAUAUGGGGGAGCUAUAUUACCUGUACACUACAUAAUAUAGGACUUCAGUUAUUUGAUAACUUGAAUUAGGAGUGUGUUGUCUAUCCAGUAAGUUUGUUUACUUAAUUGCAAGUUAAACCUCAGGUAAGUAGGCUUUCUUUCUAUGCAUUUCACUAAAUUUUAUCUGUACUCUGCAAUCAACAUUUUCUCCUGUGAUUUCAGUCCGAGACUAUUGACAUGAUUGUCAUAUUCCAAAAUAGAUAUGAUUGCCAUUCAUCCGUUUCUUCAAAAAUUUGACUAGAAAGAAUGUUGCUACAUGCUUUCAUUUGUACAUACACAUUAAAAGUAAGAAUGAAUAACACAAUUAAUUUUCAUAAUCUAUGUUAAAUAGGGUGUAUGACAAUUCUAUGCAUAUUAGACAGUCCAGAAAAUGAGGAUCCUGCCAUUGUAGGUUUUGAGGGUCAAAAGUUGUAACCUUGAGCCCAUGUCACAAGAAACUGUUUCCACAACUUUAACCUGGGACCUCAACCUUACCAUAUGCUAAGCUCACUCUCUGCCCUUUUAUUUUUUGUUUUUUUUUGUCCGCCCACAGCCUUAUGCGUAAUAUGUAUAUAAAUUGCACUGGAAUAUAACAUUUGCUCCAUUUCUACCUAUUCAUAUAAUUAUGAAUUUGAAUCAUGUUCUGACUUUCUUGUAUACUUCAUUCUUCAUACUGACAUAGCAUGUCAUUUAGUGUUUAUCUAGCAAUGGUAUUGAUCCAUAGACUUUUAUUGUUUGAUAUUUCAAUUGUAUUAAUUGAAUUUUAUGGAAAUAAAGACCCCUUUUGGGAUUCAUUGUCUACUUCUGAAAAAUUCACAGUAAAGAAGCUGCUUCAUUAAACUGUAAAAAGAUGAAGACGAAACACUGUGUGAACUCCUCUGAUAUAAUUGCAAAGGUUAUAGAUUACCAUAGCAGGGGUGUUCUGCAAUCACUUACUGUUCCAGAUCUAAAAUCCUUUCUCACUAUUAAAAACAAAAAGGUGGGAGGAAAGAAGGAAGAACUUGUACAAAGAAUCACUGAUUGCUUGCUUAAUCCAGAUCACUUCCAUAAGUUGUAAAAGGUCCUAUUUUGUUGAUACAUUUGCGGUAUUUGCCUUGGUACGUCAAUUCAGUGGCUACUAUUUCCAUGCUGAUGCAAAGAAGUAACUCAGGAAUUUAAUCAUUCUUUCUUUUGGAGUUAAAAAAAAAGCAAAGACUUUUCACGUGGAACUUGACGCGAUUAAUGGUGUCAUGGUGUUCCUGUUUUGGUGGAAAACCUAGCAAUUACAAUAUUCUGUACCUCGGACCACACUUCCAGCACCCUCAAGUGAAUGACAGCAAGAUAAGCUUUCUGUAUCUUAAGUUCUGCAUAUCUUUCCAUGAAACUAGUUUUUCUAUUCUAUGAUUUAAUCAUGAAAUAUAUGGCUGCUUUCCCUUCUUUUAUGAUUGCAAUUUGAAAAGAAAUGGUCCAAUCUCCUGACAACUAAUAGGAUCAAAGUGUUAUUUGGAAUAUACCUUCCGUUUCAAAUUAAAUGAUAGACAACUAGAUUAUCAUAUAGUUUGUCUCAACGUCAAUGGAGUGUUUAUCAUACUCAUUAGGACAAUCAUUACCUUAAUUUAGUGACAAACGUAUA